CUACGAGUCCAGGUCCGUCCACGGGUCUAAUCCAAUAUUUACUCACCUCAACCAUGGUUGUAGACCACCACCAGCCUAUUUCUGCUCCCACGCCCCUUCUCGAUCAGCUCCGCGAUCGCCUCGAAGAAAUGCUACGGGAUUAUGGAGAUCACACAGAGGCGCUUCAAGUAAGGAUUCAGACCCUUGAGGAAGAAAAGUGCUGUUUGGUCAAAGAAGUGCAGGCAGCACACGAUCUGAAUGACGAGCUCCAGCGACGACUUGAAAGCGCGCAGGACUCGUCGACCGGUGUGCCCAAGAAGACCUACGAUCACGCCUUGAGAAUCAUUCGGGACUUGAUUCAGAACAGGCCGCUUGUUGCUGUCGAGGACGGGGAACUCAACCAGGCCGUUGUGAACGACCUCACUAGAUUAGAAGACUCCGAUACAGAGAAGAGCGCGAGCAUGGCCCGUCCUCGGGAAAGUCCAUCGCCAACACAUGCACCGAAUGCACCAUUUGAUAUGGAGCUAAUGCAGGCCCAUUUUGGCAACGAGCGCUUGCCUGGCUUCGCAACAGACUCUUACUGUCGUUCCAGGAAAUGGGUCAAAUGGGUGAAAUACUUGAAUUUAGAUACAGAGACGGAGGAUGUCAUUGAGAGUCUGGAGCUUGCAAAUGACUUGAAUCCACGCAUCCAUGGUACGACACGAGGUCUGCUUUUUGUGUACCAUCCGAUCUUUCUGGAAGACCCUUCGGAAGAACAAGUGUCAUAUUUCAUCGAUUGGAGUAGUAAGGCGGUGAAUCAACGAAUUCAACGAUACUUAUUUGAACGGGAAAGCCACAAGAAGCCUCUCCACGUCUUCGUGUUGCCUCAGAGCAAGAAAUGCUGGUGUUACGUUGGUGCUCACCGGAUACUCAUCAUGGAUACAGGGGACCCACGGCUCUGGGCGCGAUUAAGCAACUCGGUAAAAUGCUGGCUGGCUAAGCGAAUUGCUGCGUUGCACUGAAAUCCAGUAACACAGGACGGACCUCGUAUUGCCCGCCAUAUCGCUCAACGCUGCUACCACGAUGAGAGCGAAGUCUCGAGAUCCCUGGACGCUGAGGAGCUGGAUGAAGUGUGCCUACGUGUGUAUCCGGUAGAAGAAGACGAGACGAAUGAUA